AUGACUCAUCUGAGAAUUCAGCAAAAGAAAAAAGGUUUUAAAGACCAAAAACUAAAGAAAAAAUUAUCAUGGCCGUCAUCUAUUGGAAAGACAGAUGCUCUCAAGGUAAUCAAAGAAUUUCCUUUUACCACGUCGUUGAACAGAAAGCAAUUCAAUUCUUUACGAGAACAAGUCCUUAUAUCUAUUAACAGUGAUCAAACCCUAAUAUUUGAAAGGAAUCUGCAAAAGAUUCAACCGCAUAAGACGACAGCUUUAAACUUUGUCAGUACCAUUAGAUCAAGGAUAAAAGAUAGUACUUUUUGCCGUUUCAAGUAUAUCGAUAAACGUGGAUAUCGCUUUAUUUUAUAUUCUACCUAUUUAUUCGUUUUAAAUAAAAUCGGUUCAAAUCGACGCUCAAGCAUUUUGGAGACUAGCGAAAGAAUCUGGAAUUGA